GUUCAACUAACGCUAUCAGGCCGAAAAAAUGGCCGCCGAAAACUAUCACCUGAAAUGGGACUCGCAUUUGUCCUAUUUGAACACUUCCAUAGCCACGCUCUACAAGAAUGAGAAGUUUGCUGACGUUAUGCUGUACAGUUCGUAUAGCAACAAUGGCAUCAAUUCGGAUAUACCCACGGUGGGCAUAUCGGCGCACAAAUUCAUUCUGAGCUCCUGCAGCCAGUUCUUUGCCACCAUGUUCGAGACAGCGCCAAUUACGGCGCCCAACGGCGUCCUCUAUAUUGUGCUUCCGCCCGAUCUGAGUCAUCGUGCCAUACAAAUCCUAGUGCAGUAUAUGUACAGCGGGGAAGCUACCGUCUCCAAUGAUAUUCUGAAUGAGGUGUUGCGUGGCGGUGAGAUCUUAAAAAUACGCGGUCUUUGUCGCACCAGCGCUUCCAGCGUUGGCGGCAACUCUGCGUCGGGCCAAUCCCAUGCACACCACCUGCACCACCCGCGCGAAUCCAGCGCUCUGUAUGUAUCGAAUGGCACGCGCUCCACACUGGCGCCGCCACCGCCCAUGUCGUCAGCACAGCUUCCCAGUGAUAUGUACAGCACCAAGGCCAGCAGCAGCAGCAACAGCAGCAGCUCAGCGCGUUACAGCCUGGAUCAUCUGCACACGCAUCCGCACCAGCACCAGCACCAUCAUCAACAGCAGCAGUUUCGCGGCUUGGGCGCUUCCGUAAUGCCAAAGGACAGUCCGGUGAUUGUCAAAUCACCCAAAAUGGCCACACACACGGGUCUGCUGAGCGUGGCGAGCAGCAGCAAGCUGCAUGGUGGCGUUGGUGGUAUCUCCGUCAACAAGGAGGUGGCCAUCGAUCCCGAGGACAAGUGCUGCUAUGCGGCAGCCAGUCAAGUCGAAAGUCUACCACAGUCAACAACAGCAACAGCUGUCGCUGCACCACCUCCACCCCCACCGCCCAUGUCCAUAUGCACAGAAGUUGGUUGCAGCAGCUGCCCGCUGGCUGCGUCGUCCGCCGAGCCGGCGGACUCGACGCUACGCCGGCCGGAGUAUGCAGAUCGGGAUCGUCUUGUGGAGGAGCCAAUCUGUGAACGCGACCGAGAUGAUGUCGGCCUGGUCUACGAGCGACGUCUGCGCCGCGAGCGUUCCUGUGAUCGAGCCCCACCGCAUGAGUACUUUGCGCACGAUGGCCCGCACUAUGAGCAUGUGGUAAAGUCCUACGAUGUGGCGGCUGCAGUUGCGCCACGCCUGGCCACACCGCCGCAUCCGCACAGUUUUCUGACCAUUAAACAAGAGCCAACCGAUUGGUCAAAUAAUCCACCGGCAGCGUUGCCCAACGAGAACCACCACGAGAUCAGUCAGGAGGCGCCGCUCUCGCCGAAGCAGCCGCUGGACUUUAAGAUAAACGCCGUCAAGCUGGAGGCAAACAGCUCGCAGCAGGACGAGUCCGAGGAGCACACGCUGCGCGAUUACAACAAUUUCAAGCUGCUCGUUUGCGAAAUAUGCCAGAAAUCCUUCGAGGACACCAAGAUGCUGGUGCGCCACCUGGGCACACAUGCCGCCGAGCCAGCCGGCAAUGUGAUGGGCGCCAGCGCCAGUGGCACCGGGAGCAGCAGCGGCAGCGCCACAGCCAACAGCAACCUGGCGCUGAGAGCAUUGAAAACCUAUGUGCCAAAGAAGCGACGCAGAGUGUCGCAACAGGAGAACAACAUGGAUCAUGUGACACUGCUCUGUGACCUCUGCUCCACCUCCUUUGAAACGCCCGCGGAAUGGGUGCGUCACAUGAAUAGCCAACACACGGAAAUCGAACUGGCCAUGUUCAAUAGCAAAAAGGAUGGCGAACAGAAGGGCAGCAGCAGCAGCAGCAACAACAACUCUUCGACUGCCGCCGUCAGCCAAAUCCAACACACAGCCGCCAGCUCAGGUGCCGGCACAGCGGCUGUGGCCCAUAAAAAGUACAUCAAUGCCAGCCGGCAGGGUGGCCAGAGCCUGAGCAGCAGGGGCAAUGGCAAUGGUGCCACAACUGCGUCGCCGGGUCUGACGUCGCCGGCAUGAAUCCUGCUGCCAGAUCGGGCACAGGCAGAUCCACAGCAAAAGCUGCAACAACAAAAACUACAACAAGACCACCAGAAGUCAGGCCACGAGUGAGAGAAGCAAUAAGAUGAACAUUUUUUGAAAAAAUCAAGUCGUUCCAUUAAUCAAAAAGAAAAAUCGAGAUAAAUAUUUAUACGAAACAGCAAGAACCGUGAUCAAAAUGCCGCAAACACAGCAUAUUUUAUAGAGCAACAAAUGUAAAACUACAAAAGGGAAACAGGAAGAGGAAGAGCAAACAAAUUACUUAACUAAAACAACAAGAAGACAAACUUGAAACGAAACUGUAAACGAAACUUAGAAUCGGAAUCGUCAGGCAACGAUGCAAAACAAAACCAAAAACAAAUAAAAAACAAAAACCAUACGAUUAAUUAUUUAACUCUGUAGUAUUUUUAAAUCUAUGUAGUUUUAAACUUUAAUCCCCCUCCCCAUUCGCGAACAACAAGGCGCAAUUAAACCAAAAUCCCCAAUCGAAACAUUUAACAUUUAAGCGUAUAAAAAAAUUUGAAGAAAAGUAAACAAUUAUGUAAUUAAUUUUUUUUUUCGGAUUUAGCAUUUGCUAAUCUUAACAAAUUGUCAAAUAUUUAAUGUGAAAUGAAUGUUCGUUUGUAAUUUGAACGCAGCGUUUAAGUUUUUAUUUAAUUAUUUAAUAUUUUAUAUUUCAAAAAUGUGUACGUAUAUUUUUAUAAACACUUAUUUCCAUAGAGUUUUUAAGAGUUUUGUAAAUAGGAUAAGUUAAUUUUUUGAAGGCCGCCGAAAAACCAACAAAAGUUACUCAUCUAAAUGUGUGUGUGUACUUGGUAGUUGACAAUUCAAUUAAAAUAUUAAAGUUGUAAAGCGGCAUUUCUUCAAUUUACAAACAUUCACACCAACAAACCAACGUGUAUAAGUAUGUGUGAGCACACAUAUAUAUAUAUACAUAUAUGUAUUUACAAGUGAGUGUGAUUCUUGACGUGCUGAGCAACCGCGUGCGUGUAUGUGCAUGCGUGUUCACACACACAAACGUACACAAAUGUGUACAACUAAAAAUCGAAUAUGUAGCCAAUGCGUUUUAUUCGCAUAAUAAACAAGAAAUCGUUUUUAAUUAAGCACAAAAAGCGCCAGUACUUAAGAGAGUGCGAAUGUGAGAGAGCAAAAGCUUGCGCUCUUCGAGCUCGCUCCAUAGAAUUUUGACUACAGAGAACGUGCAAUAAAACCGCUGGCAAUGAUUUUCUCUUAUUUGAACAUGUUUUCCAAUAACCCGAAGUUCGAAGCUAUCGACCGAAAGGUAGAACAAGAACAACAACAAGAAAUCGUUUUAAAAUAAGCACAAAAAGCGCCAGUACUUAAGAGAGUGCGAAUGUGAGAGAGCAAAAGUUUGCGCUCUUCGAGCUCGCUCCAUAGAAUGUUGACUACAGAGAACGUGCAAUAAAAUCGCUGGCAAUGAUUUUCUCUUACUUUAACAUGUAAUUUUCAAUUACCCGAAGUUCGAAGCUAUCGAUCGCAUCAGAAAACCAAAACAAAACUGAAUAGUCAUGCGUAGCGUUUCCAAGG